GUGAUGUGACUUCCAGCUCUUUGUGAUACGUAUCUUGACUGGAGAUAUAUGCAGCUGUUUCCACAAAGUAUUCUCUAGAUUCUGUGUUGCCCAUUAUUGAGUCUCUACUUUGAAAUGCACCACUUGUAAACAGAGGCUUACAGGAGUUACCAAUUUUAAUCUGGAAUAAUGACAAUCACAUCUGAUAAAUGCUGGGGAUUAAUUGGCUUCUUCUCAAAUUUUUUUACUUUUGCUUUCUGAUUGUGUUAGCUUUUGGCGGUAUAAUCACUGUUUUUUAAUGUCUGUGUAUAUAUACAGUGUAAAUAAUAAUCUGAUGUUGACUAUUAUAAUAAUCUGAUUGACAGGCUGUAAACAUAGCCCUACCUGCAGAAUUUUAAAGGACACGUAGGCCACCUAUGACUUUCCGUCAGAGAAAGAGCCAGAGAAGAACAUGCUGACUCUGCUCUGCAUCACCAUCUACAAACCUAACCAGAUUUGGAGAAGUGCCGUAGGAAGAAGAUCAGCACAUUGGCCCAGGGCUUUCAGUGUAGCUAGGACAGGUUUCAUUUUUAACCGUGCUUUAGUCCUUGAAUGAAGCAGCACUCAGAGAUGAGAAGAGCACGCAUAUCUACAGGAGUUUCAUGUUGUACAGCAGCUGUAGAAGGGUUUCUCUGAAGAAUACAGUGGUGCCAGGCGAGGUUAUUAUGAAGCUGAAAUGUAUGCUGACACCUGAAACGCUGUGGAUACCUGCCACGGUGCUGCUAUAUCUCAUCUUGCUUCUAUGCACCGUCAAAACAGCCCAAAACACUGCAGUGCAUGGAAGUGACGUUUCAGCUGGACUGCAUGAAAUAGCUGUGCUGUCAUCACAAUUUUGUGAUAUACGUGAAACUGAUUUUAUUGAUCGUGUGAUAUGGAGGAAAUAUGAAGGGCAAACAUCACAUAAAAUUCUUGUUCAUGAAGUCCAUAAUGCUACAGAGUAUUUUCCGUCAUUUCAAGGUCAUAUCAAGUAUCAUUUCGAUAAUCAAAGCCUGAUCUUCUAUGACGUACAGAAAAAAGAUGAAGGUGUUUAUCGGGCAAGCCUGGAAUAUAAAAAUAGUACAAUUGUUGACCAAAAUAUUACAUUAUGGGUCAAGACCCCUCCUGAGAUCCACAUCGAUGGAAAUGAUUCUCACCGGACACUAACCUGCAAAUACGACACACCGCCGGGCGAAAUACUCAGGAAGUGGCUGCAGAAUGGGCAGCCUCUCUCUCUAAAUGACAGAUACACUUUGAGCGAGGGAAACCAGACUUUGCUCUUGAGUAAUAUGACUGUGGAAGACUGCCGGACCUACAGCUGCUUGGUGACUGAUGGCCGGAGUGAGAAAGAGGCUCACAUCCACCUUACUGGUGAGAACACGCCUUUGUGCGGAGAAAGUACUACAUUCACUGCAGUCCUCAAAGCUAUAGGCAUAGCAUUAAUUGCCUUUAUAGCUAUCAUUUCCCUAAUUGCUUUUGCCAUCAGGUGCCUGAGGAAAUACUAUCUGGGUAAGAGCAUCUGUCAGAGUACCAAUUCUCAGAUUCGUUGGUAUAUGGACAGCAGUGCCUCAAAGGCAUGGACCCCAUCUCUGAAAUCUGUUUUUCCUGCUGCAUUUCAUCACCUAAGUCCCGAGUUUAAAUGGACCUCUAAUUUUUUCCAAAAUUCCACAGGCCAUCGCAAGAACGAUCAGAUGACUGAAGGUAAUAAGACAGCAACAGGACAAUCACAAAAGACCCAGCGGACGAGUGUGAGAGAGUGUGCUUACAUGGUCCCAGACAACACUUCUGAUCAUCACGUCUAUGAAACGAUUGGAGAGCCCAAGGAAGAAACUCAUUCGUCUUGUGUCUACAUGCUACAAGGAAGCCAGCAACCCUCACUCUCCAGUCCAAGCCAGGAGCAGCAAAAUGAGGGUAUCUAUUCCUACAUCGGCAAUCCUCAGCCAAUGACACUGAACCCCCCAGACAUUCCUGGAGCCGUAGAUCUUGAUAUUUCAGUGAUGGAUCAAUGAGACAACUCAGGGACAAUGCUUGUAGGGUGGUGAUGUCUGAACUGAUCACAAGUUAAGACUUUGCAGUCUUCCUUUUAUUGUAUUCGAGACAGAAUUCACCAAGCCAUUAUAUAAAUCAGUAGAAGUAGAAACAACAGAAGGGGAUAUUUCUUUGUGCCACACUUCUGUUACUGUCAUUAUUCGUGGAGAACCAGUGGCAUAAGCUUCUUAUAAUGGAUUCCAGUGCAAACAUUUUUUUUUUUUUUGGGGGGAGGGGGGGUGUUGGCUUCUCAUUUCUGGACACAUGUCCAUUCAGGCAAAUAAACGCGUCUGACCCUCAACCAUCAAAUGUUACAAAUGUAUAGAUGUUUUUUGUGAAAUUUCCUUAAUGUAUACUGUAUGAACUUUUAUAGUCUUGUCAUAAAAAAAGCAAAAUUAAUAAAUGAACAUUCUGAGUAAGAGAUUUGCCAGCCAGGUAAAGGGUGUAUAUAUAUAUUUAAACAUAUAAAUAAACAAUAUUAUGUAUAAA